AUGAAUUCUCAUUAUUUGUGUGUUGCGGUUGAUUUACGCCGUGAUAUUGUGCGUUUAGUGGUUGUUGAUGUUUAUGCAAAAAACCGUGUGAAGAUGAAGCUUGAAGAUGAUGAAGGUUCUGUUAUGAGGUUGCAGAUGGAACCGUGGAUUGUAGAAGGAGUCAAGCCUGUUAUUUCUAGAGAACAUCAGAUCAACUUGGAUCCAAUUCCUCCUCUAGAUAAUUACAGGGGAGAUGAAAUAGAAGAUAUUGGAGAUGCAGAAAAUGAACCUCCAAUUAAUAAUGGUCCAAAUGAAUAA